UUGUGAAGUUCGUGAAAAAAAAUAUUUUUAUUCAAGUUUAAAAUGUAAAUUAAUGUGCUUACUGUAAGGAAAAGUGUAAAUGAAUGUUUAAUUAAUAAGAAAAAUAUAAAUUUAUGUGGCAAAAAGUACGAAUUGAACGAAAAUAAUGAUACGUCCUGAAUUCAGGCGCUAAGUUCUUCUAAUUUAAAUGAAUCGUCGACAAAGUUUGGAAAAAGGUAUUCUGUCUCCUUCGGGAUUUUUGACGCCAAGUCAAUCACCAUCAAUACAACAUAGUCCUCGCCUGCAACCAUCACCAUCACAAUCACCUUUUCAACCGCAGGAUGUAUUACUUGUAACAAAUAAUAAUCAACAUUUCAUUAAUACGUUUAGUGCGACUCAGGAGCAAGAUCGUAAAACUGGGACACCGAAUAGAAGAUCGUCCUUGAAUCACAUUAGUCCAAAUGCUAAUAUCGUAUAUAGACCAUCACCCACUCAAUCGCCUGCGGGCAUUGUAAAUGAAAUAAAUACAACAUUGGUUGGAUCAAAUAAUAUUUCACUUAAUAAGAAGGGUAAACGUACACCAAAUGCUGGUCAAUAUGGCGCAUCCUCAUCUAACGCGUGUAGCCCGAAAGCGGCGAAAAAAGCAAUGGCACUUGUUGGAAGUCCCAUUGCAAGUCCAAGUGCUAGUCCACAACCUAGCGCAGUGAUACAACAAUUUCCAAUGAUGAAUGCUAAUAAUUCGAUUGUAUUUAUGCAACAACCGGCAACAUCUCAUCGAGCAUCAAUAAUACAAACUUCAAAUACUCAACAAAGCAAUUUCAUAGCAACAUCAAGUUCUAGUAAUAGCAAUGCAAAGCACAAUAAAGCACCACAGCAAAUAUUACCUAAGCCGGCAAAUAGUAGUAGUAAUCAUUCUGGAACAGCUUCAUUAACAUCAUCGACCCUAACGACGCAGAGUUUGAUAACAAGUACAAGUACGAAGCAAAUUACACAAUCGAAAAUGGCAAUUGUACAACAGCAACAACAACAGACCCAAAAUCAGCAAUUUCAAUCUCCGCCGCAUCAAAGUUCACAAAUAAUUUCAUCUGCAAGUCAACCAGGAAGUCAAUCGUCGAGUCCUCAACCACAACAAAUUACAACACAAGGAGGACAAAUAUUACUGCCAACAGGUGCUCAGCCAUUGCUGCUAAAUCAAAUGCCAGUAUUAGUUCAACAAAAUACAGCACAAGGUGUUCAAUUGAUAUUAAGACAACCUCCCUCACAACCGCAAUUAGGAGCACCGAGCUUAGUAAUUCACAAUCGAUCUGGACAGAUGCAACAAAAUCAGCAUCAAGCUGGUCAAUUAGUGAGAAUAUUGAAUACAAAUGGUAUGCAAUUGGCAACGGCAGCAACUCCAGCGUUUAUUGUAUCAUCACAAGCUAAUUUAAUACAGCAAAACUUACAGAGUAUUAAAACGCCGACAAAUAAUUCAUCACAAAUGAACCAAUUGAGUGGGAUGCAACAAAAUCAGCAGCAGACAUCACGGCAACAUCAACAAAUUAUUAAUAGCCAUAUAUUGGGUCAGAGUGUAGCACAAAUACAAAACCUACAAUUGAAUGGAAAUUUGACGCAAAUUCAAAUGCCCAAUGGACAAAUUUUACAGCAAUUGCCUGCUCAAUUCUCUCAAAAUCUUGGUAGUUUUAAUCAAAUUCAACCUUUAGGAUCUCAAAUUGCUGCCAUUAAUGCGACUUUUCAAUCACCACCAAGUAAUUCACAAAAUGAAAUUGUUCCAACAGUUGUUUCGUCCACUCUUAAUCCUAUUCAGUUCACAACGAACCAACAGAAUCCUAUUACAAUGACUCAAGGUGGUCAAAUAAUAUCACCCGGAACAACACCUCAACCACAACUCAUUCAAUCGGAUUCAAUUCUUUCAUCACCGCCGUCAAUAACUUACAAUUCUCAACAUCAGACAGUUCUUGUGCAAUCGGGUGAUAAACAAAUGCAUGAAAUGUCUUCUCCACCUCCAUUCUCGAUCAUUCAGCAGUCGACGGGAAAUGCUGAGAUGAUAAAUCUCGAUAUGACUCAUCAUCAUACGCCGCAUCCCCAACCGAUUGUUACAAAGCCUGCAAGAAAACCCAAAAAGUCUAAGAAAAAGCAACUUCUUGAAGAGCAACAACAACUUCAAUUGCAACUUCAAUUACAACAACAGCAGCAGCAGCAACAACAACAACAACAACAGCAGCAGCAGCAACAAAUGCAAAUGUAUUCAAACCAAUCUACAAAUAUUAUAACCAAUGAAGAGAGCUCAACGAUGCUGUCGCCAAAUAGAAAUAAUAAUAGUCAAGCACCAACCGGAAAGUUGGACUUAGCAAAUGUGAUAAAACUAUGUGGAAUAAGUGAAGAUGACGAUUUUAUGGACACAGAUGAUCAAAUGGAUCAAAUGGAGAGUCAACAAAUGGAACAAACGCAGACAAUACAAAUUCCAGCAUCAAAUAAUAAUAGUGAUAAUAAUGCGACAGAUAUUAUGAUAACAAUUCCUAAUAGUUCAUCCGAUCAAGCGCCAUUUACAUUGUCAUUCCCUGCAUCCUCGAUAGAAAGUUCAGAUGGCUCAAUGAUCCAUCACCAAAAUGCUAACACCGAUAAUUGUAAUAAAAUGACAGAGAAUGUUCCGUUUAUGAUAAGAUUCGAUGGAGACGGACAGAGUGGUAGUCAACCGUUUACAAUAUCUGUACCGAAUUUAAAUGACGAAAUGAAUAUUGAGGAUGGAAAGCAACAGGAUGAUGCAAAUGCAAAUAAUUCCAAUUCAAUAACAUGUGUACCGUCGUUCGUUAACUCAGUCUUAAGCUCAUCAGUUACACCGACAAUACAAAGUCAAAUCAAUGAAAUUCAAAAUCAGCUUAUGGCUCUACCGCCUGUUACGUCGACCGUUACAACAAAAACAACAAAUGUGAAAGCUCCACGCCAAAAGAAACAAACGACAAAGAAGAGUAAGAAGCAACAAGAGAAAACCAUUGAAGUUCCAACUCAAAUCGGAAAUAUUCAAAUUUCUCAAAUUGAUGGAAAUACUAUGAAGAACACGAUUGGAAGUAAGAAUAUCAACAACCAAAUUCAGAUUAUGCCAAUUUUAGAGAAAAAUAACCAUUCAACAAGUGGACAUUUAAUUGAGAAACAAAAGUUUCAAAUUCCUAUAAUGCAACAAACAAUAUCGCAUCAGGAUAAUAAUCAGCAUGAUAAUAAGCAACAUCAACAUCAUCAUCAUCACCACCAACAGCAACACAAUUCUCAAGGUCCACCACCCAAUAAUUCUGGUCCAUCACAAGUUAAUAUCAAUGUACAACAAAAUCAAUUGAUUAAUGUUACCAAUAAUUUGCAAAUGCAAGUCAUUUCAAACCCCCAACAGCAACAUCACCAUCACCAUCAUCAUAGUAAUGCAACUCCCGCUCCACCACCUCCAUCAAGUUCCUCUCACCAAAAUAUUUCUCACAAUGCAUCCAUAACAACACAAUCUGCGAUAAAUGCGCAAAAUAUAAUUGGAAAUUUAAUAAAUGCCCAACAGGGACAAGGAGGAAAUAUUAUAAUUCAAGGGACAUCAUCAUUCAAUCAACAGCAGCCUGCAAAUAUUCAAGUAAACAUACAGAAUCAAACAAUUGCAAACAAUAUAAUUACCACAGCACCUCAGUCAGUCACACAAAAUAUUACAACAAACAAUCAACAACAGCAGCAGCAGCCGACAGCGCAAAGUAUUUUAUCACAAUUAACAGGUAAUUUGGUGCUAUCAUUAUCCGAGGAUGGUCGAUUAAUUCUACAUCACGAUCCAAACAUACCACAAGAUGAGCAGUCUCAGAAAAUAUUGGAGAUAGUAUUAACAGGAGCUCUUGGUAAUGUGAGUUUAAUAAAUGAACCGUUAAAAACACCAGCACAAAAUCAACAACAAACUCAGCACCACAUAAUUGGUGCAAAUGGAAAGAUUCAACAGGUAUCAACAGUUCAAAAUAAGAAUGUUAUUAUCACAAAUCAAACCCAACCUCAACAGCCACAACAACAGCAAAUGUUCAAUAACAUGGUUCAAACACAGUCUGUCCCAUCUGGACAAAUAAUUCAAAACACAUCACAGCCUAUACAAAUACAGCAAAGUAGGAUUGUUGAUAAUAGUCAACAACAGAAACCGCAAGCAGUUGUGCUACCAACACCAAAUAUCAUAAAGUUCGUGGAAUUGCCAAAGAUUCAGCCAAAUCAACAACUCUUCUCAUUAAAUACAAUUACGAAUGAAAUAACAUUGUUGAAUCCAAAUCAGACGACGGCCGCAUUAAGUCCAAUGGAAAGAUUACUAAUUGUACCGAGUGGAAUUAAUGCUCAGCAAUUAGCUCAAUGUUUAUCUCAAGGACAAAUACACUUUAAUAAUAUCGGUCAAGCACCAACUACUGACCCAAAUAAAGUGCAACAACAACAGUUACAGAUUCAGCAACAGAUUCAAUUACAGCAGCAACAAAUGACAUUCAAGACAACAAAAGUACAGAAUUUUAACCAAACAAUAAAGAAGGAACCAGUUGAGACUAAACCGAAGAAAGGACGUGGAAAGAAAGCAAAAUUGUUGGAAGAACAAAUGAAGGAAAUCAAGAAGGAGCCAAUUCAGAGUCCACCGCCAAUGAAAAUGAUAACAACACAAGCUCAAGUUGCAAUAAUGGAUACAAAAGUAAUAAAGACAACGACUGUGAUGACUUCGUCUGUGACAACAACGACAAAUAGUGUUGGUUCUAAAAAUACCAUAACAAUCUCACCAAAUCCCACGAUGAUUGUUAAUCCAACUAAAGCUAAUAUCACAAAGACAACAGUUCAGGCGAAUGUAAAUGCAAUAAAAGCUAAUAAAAAUUCAAUUACUGUAAUUCCUACAUCAACAUUACUGCCGAAUAAUGUGCCAACAGCAGCGGCAAAUAAAAAUGUUAAGGGAAAUAAAAAUCAACAGAUUAAGUCGUCUAUAACAACUCAAUUAAGUCCGAUUAUUACAUCCAAUCAGCAACAACAACAGCAAACGCCACCUCCACCUUUAGUAAGUGUCAGUCAAGCUCCGAUUCCAAGAGUUCAAACCAUCCAAUUAACACCUCAAAAACAGCAAAGUUUGAAAAAUGUCCAAAUGCAGAUACAGCAGUUGUCAGCUAAAUUGCAAAAUAAGAAUCUCUUGUCAACAUUAACGUCAGACAUUGAUCUUAAUAAUCCAGCAUUCAAUAAACCGCUGCCAGCGUUGGUAAACAUCAACAGUAUGAGUGAUAAUGAAAUUUAUGAGGCACUUCAAAGGCUCUUUAUUGAACAGCAGAAGAUUCUGGCUACAGGAAAAAUUAUUCCAACGCUUCCAGCUGCUGUGAAUCAAGGUGCUAGUGUGAAUCAAAAUUCUAUUCGGACUAUGCAGAAUUCAACACAGUCAUUGUUUGUGAAUAAUCAAAACAUUGUUGCACCGAUUUCCACGUCUACAUCUUCUGGAGCAUCACUUUAUAGUGGAGGAAAUUCACAGAAGGUUCCAUCACCGAUACAAGUUAAUUCUCCAAUCAUAAAACAGGAAUCACCAUCUUCGACGUCUACAUCAUCGCAACCGCCACCUCUAGUUGUAUCAACACCGAUUCAAAUGCAAAUCAAGACAGAAAUUUUACCACCACCAAAUGUUAUAGCUUCUGUUCCAACGCCAAUGCCAAUUAUUCCAAUUGCAAAUCCACCAGCAACUGGUUCAAUUGUCAUUUCUCCCAAGUAUACGACAUCCACUGUUAAGAUUACAAUUGAUCCGCAAAUACAGAAGGAGCAAAAAGUUCCGGUCGAUUCCAAGAUUGAUAUUGUUCCUGUACAAUCGAAUGAUAUCGCUAUUGAGCCUUCAGCGAUUAUAAAACAACAGCAAAUUGCUGCUGUUGAAUUAAAUCAGAAAAAGAAGCUCACACGAUCAUCAUUAUUUGAGAGACAAAUAUGCGUAGAUCAAGAGGGUUGCAAAAAUCCAGAUGUAAAGAGUGACUUUUCGAGUAAGGAAGAUGCAGUCAAGAGAUUGAUAAGGUAUCAUUGUUUCUAUGAAGAGAUUAAAGACGAGAAUGACCCGAAGGAGGAAUUUGAAUUUGGGGAACAAUCAAAGCUAUUUCUUGCAAGUUUUCAGGCUAUGAAAGAGAAAUAUCAACAUUUACUUUUGAGGCAAUCACAGCAACAAGCACCGACUUCAGAACUUAUGAUGCUAGAUAGACUUCAAGUUGCUGAUCUAAAGGAUGAAAUAGUCUCCAUGCAAAUGGAAAUUAAUUCUGCAUUGUUUGAGCAACAACAACAAUCGGAAUCUCAAAUUACAAUAAAAACCGAACCGAUUUGUCAAUCAACGAAUUUGAAGCCUCAAUCAUCCGUACAGCAUAUGCAGAACAGCAAUCUACAAACACAAUCCCCAGGACAACAACAGCAAACACAUAUCAUUCAACCUCCUCCUUCUCAACGAGCGCAUUUUGUUCCAUCUUUGCAUGAGCCUAGUCAAAUAUUAAAAGCGAAGCAAGAGCAGAAAUUGUUUGAGAUUAUAAAGAAUGAUAGGAUUAAAAUUGAAAUACCCGAUAUUCCAAAAGAAAAUAGUCGAAAAAGUUUCGGAAUGAUGGUUAAUAACUCAACUGUACAGAGCUCAUCAAUUCCAUCACCAAAGUCUCCAGUAUUGUCAUCAAUAUCUCCAACAGUGACAACAAAUCCACAGCCAAAAGGACUUUCAAAGUUCGAUAAAUUAAAAAAUGAACAAACCAAUACAAAUCUGAAUAAUGCUCAGCCAUCAGCACAAACACAACAGUCGCCACAACAACAAACGACAUUAAAAUUAAUUAAUGAACUUAAAGAUGAAUUGGAUGACUUUGAUAUUGAAUCAGAAAUUCGUUCAAAUUUUAUAAUGAAAAAGUGUGAGCCUAAUGCCCAGCAAUCGUCUGCAACGACGUCAUCAACGAAUAGUAAAAAGACAUCAAAAACAUCAGCAAAAGAUAAGGAGAAAGAGAGAGAAUGCUCACCAUUUUCUGAUUACUUAAAUUCAGUGAAAAUGGAAUUGAUUCCAUCCAAGAGUAAAACAAAUGAGAUCAUUAAAACCGAAACACAUGAUGGAGCAUACGAUGAAUGGCUAUCGAUACAAAAGGAAUUGAAUUUACAUUUAGAUGCUAGUUGUUCAAAUACUACAAAUACAAAGCGGAAAGAGACAAGUGGUAGUAAUAAAAAUCUAAAAAUACAAUCGACAAAGGCACUUGAGUCUGAUUUAUCGGACAUUUUCGAGAAUCACAAUAGUCCUAAAAGUGUGGAAAAACAACUGGAUGAUCUUUUCAGUUCAACAAGUAAAUCAAAUGAUUUAUUGAAUGCUUCAUCUCCACCUGAACUAAAUGAACUAUUUCAUGUUGAAUCAACGUCAACGAUGAGUGAGAAGACAGUCGAGAAUCGAUUGGAAGCAUUAUUUGGUGGACCAGAGGAUGAAUCUGGAAAAUCGGCACAACAAGAUCUCGUUGAGACUCGAUUGGAGCAGCUCUUUCAGUCAGGCUCUGUUAAUCCAAAUGAUGAGUCGGCACUUGACAGUGCAAGUUUCUUAUACAAAAAUUCUGACUUGACAUAUGAUGAAAUGAUUCAGAAACAAAUUCAAGUGACAACAUCACGUAUGGAGCCGGUUAUAGCAAAUGCGAGCAACGCAAAUAAAAGGCAAUGGAGUGGUAAUAGCUGUGAUAUUUUUGCAUCCUCAAAUUCUGGAAUGAUUUUUCCAACAUCACCAACAACCUCGAAACGUACAUGCACAGAACCUUCAGUAUCAUUUGACAAUAAAUGGAUAGACGAUAGCUUCGAUUUCGGUAGCGAUAUUAAUCUAACAUCUGAAUCAACAAGUGAUGAUAUGGCGAAACAUCGCGAAUGGAAUGGGCUGGAUCAUGAUAUGGAUGAAAAUCAAUAUCAAAUUCAGAACAAUGAUUCAUCAACUCUGCAUUCAAAUCAUAAUAUUCAACAGCAGCAACAGCAUUUAAAUUCAAUCAUAGACCAACAACAGCAAGCAAGUGAAGAUGUAGAUAAUAUGAUGGACACAUCUCAGAUAAACUUUGUCGAUGAUGUUGAUGAUAUCAGCCGUCAAGUUCAAAAUGCUAUAGAUUCAAUAUUAAAUCUACAAAACUCUGAUCCACUUCAUUAUCAAUUAGACUCGUCGUUCCUUGAACUUAAUUCAAUUACUUCUAGUUCACCAAACUCACCUGUCUCAAAUCAUCAUCAGCAAACAUCCACACAUAAUAUAACGCAACAGAAUCAACAUCACAAUCAAUAUCAGUUACAUCAUCAGGAUCAUCACAUGACAUCAAAUGCAUUCAGCAAUUCUACAAGUCAAAAGAAUUCACCAACUGUACCGAAACGUAAAUAUUCACGCAUGGAUGACAUUGGAGAUUGUUUAAUUGGCGGUUCUAAUUUAGAUGACUCACCAUCGGCAUUGUCACUUACAUUAACUGACUCGCACAAUGACACAUCAUCAGCAAAUAGUGUCGGCGAAUUUGUUACUAAUUUAUUAAAUUGUGAUGAAAAAUCCAUUACUACGUCAUGACAACUUAUUGAGUUUACAUCAACCUCAAUGUGAUUUACAUAAGCAAACGCGAACACGAAAUUCGAUAAACUAUUUAAGAAAAAGAUUUAUUAAUGGCCAAUAAUUAUGUGAAGAAAAGGACAAAAAAAUGGAUUCUAUUUAUGUGGAUAAAUUAUAUUCAUUCUUUAUGGUAUAGGAAUUAAAUGGAAAAAAGUUAAAAUUCAAGUUCGUUCAUCCUGACCCAAAAAAAUUAAAAAUUUUUGAUUGUAAAAAUUAAUUGUAGUAAAUCCAAGAAUUUGAUUGUUAACGAAAGGUUAAAAAUAUGAACAAAUUUCGAUGUAGGAAUAAUUUUUUUUUGAACGAUAAAUUAGAAAUUUAAUGAAACAAACAAUACGUACGGGGAUCAGGUGAAUGAAUGUUAAAUUAUUGGAAAAAAUUGAUUAAUUAUAAAAUAUAAAGAGCUGGAUUCAGAGAAGAAAAAUGCGUCGUUAGUAAUAUUAUUACUUUUUGUGUGCGUGAUAGUAACUAUUUUUCUUCUACUACCCUGUAAAUAGCCCUUAUAGUAAUCUUUCGAACAUGGUUAUCUCAUUUCUUAAUAGAUGAUGCUGAAGAUGGAUGAGAUAAUGUGAAUUAGUGGUGAUUUAAUGAGUGCUUCUUGAGGGGAUAGUUAAUUAAUUUGAUUUGGUUGUUGCUGCAGUAGAUAGUGACAGUGAUGUCUUUAAAUGUGAGCCUUAAUACAGAAGCUAGAUUAACACUUUGUAUUUAAUAAAGUGAGCACCGCUGAGAAAAAUGUUGGAUGAAGUCGAGUCGAUUAACCGCCAGCUUCGCCCGUUUUUACAAACUCAACUAGGCUUCUAAUAGAACACCAAUAAGCCAAUAAAACACAUUUGUGUAACUCAGACUAAUCUAAGAUACCAGAUUAUUCAGCUUUUAAGCCAAAACAUUGAGAUAAUAAGCUCUGUCAGUGUCCUACUUUACAUCUCCAUUUUGCUCGAAGUAAAACUCUUUCAAAAAAUUUCUCCAAGCAAACAAAUCUCUUCAAACAUUGCAUAAACUCAAAAUUUCCAUUCCACUCAUCCACUCAAUAAGCAAAUCUUAAUUCACUUCAAACCUUUUUUACUCCAUCUUCAGCUCAUAAAGUCUCAUCUCAUAAAGACUUAUUAUGGAAAUAAACAAAAAUCUUAAGAGGAUAAAUAAUACAAAUAAGCGAUUAUAUAUCAUUCUGAUGUCGUCAUCAUUUCCUUUUCAAUAAGUUUUCAUUUUAAAUUUAUGCUAUUUUAAAUGUGAAUGAUGCUGUUCUGUUCGUUAAUAGGGAAAAAAGUUUCUUUGUAUUUUUUUAUUGGAUGGAUUUGUUUGAGAGGUUAAAUUGGAAUUUUUGGUGGGUUUUAUGGGUUUUAUAUAUUUUUAGAAGUUUUUAAAGUGGGGUCUAUGAAGUUAACUGGAUGAUUUUGUUGAGUGAAUACUACGAGCUGAUAACUAGAUGGACCAUUCCUUAAAGCUUGUUUGUUAAAGCAUUAGUCGACUGGUUAUUUACUGGACAUUAGCGUCAAGUACUCACUCGAGUUUGAACUUCAAGAUUUUAAAUUUGUCGAAAUUUGAAUCAAAGAUUUUUAAUCGAUUUAAAAAAAUCUUGAAAUUCAAGCAAUUUCAACUUGGUAGACACCCAAAAUAUUGAUUACUUUAACGCACAAAAUACUCUGCCAUACUAAAAAGUAGUUUAAUUUUAUCUCAUUGCAAUUAUUUAUUCUUAAACAUCAAAUUAAUUUAUAUAUUGUUCAUCAUCUUAUACUAAGCGGCAUCAAAGAUGAUCUAUGGCCCACAGUACAUUAAAUUCAACUUUACUCGAUUGACAAUGUGGUAAAUUCCAAAUCUAUUUUCAAGCUAGCACAAAGUGUAUUUUUGACCAACUUGAACCAUUUUAAUUUGGUCAAAAUCGGUAUUCUUUGUGGCUUUCAGUGUAGAUUUGUAAUUUAUCACGUUUUUCAGUAAUGAAUUAUCCUUUGAUCACUGAUGCAGCUCAAUACUCCCAACCAGAAAAUUCCAAUCUAACUUCAACAGAAUUCACCGUAAAACAGAAAAAUAAUUUCAACGUACAAAAGUCAUUUUAAUUGUAAAACUUUUCCUCCGUUUUAAGGGUUUUCAAAUUUUUACACUCACUGACUUACAUAAAAAUACUAAGGACAUUUAGAUGCAUAUCUAGAAACAGGAGAAAUUCAAAAAAAAGAGUUGAUUUAUAAAAAAAAAAUUGUACUUUAUUUUAAUUGAUAAAAGGUCAAAAGAGAAACUUUUUUUUCGCAUUUCAAUAAACGCAAAAAGAAGGGAGGGAAUGGAACAGCCAUUAAGCAUCUGAGUUGACUGUUGUAAAUUUGAAUCAGAUGGAUGAAUGUGAAUAUCAAAAAGGAAUAAAUUUGCUCAAUUUUCGUUAAUUUUAAAGGAACAAAAAAAAAGUAAUGAGAAGUGGACUUUCAUAAAAAACACACACACACACACAAAUGUAAUAAAAAAAUAAUAAUCAUAAUAAUGGAGAAAUACAAAAGUUUUAUUUUAAUACAUGAAACUCAAUUUAUAGUUCACCAGGAUAAUAGAGAAAAUUUUUUAAUGCUUCAAAUGACUUUCAUUGUGAAUUUUAAAAUGCAUUUUUAUGUUCAAAAAAACAUAUUUUAAAGCUCUGAUUUUCCUAUAAAGAUAUUUUUUAAAGACUGAAAGUUCCCAAUUACACAUUACAUAAUAUAAAAAAAACUAAUAAUAUUCAAAGAAAUAAUUGUGGUGACUUUUUCACGUAGACGGUCAAUACUACUACAUAUAGGUACUAUAGCUAUUCUCAUAUUGAAACUGAAUUGAAAUAAAAAAUACAAGAAAAAAAAUCUAUAUUUAAUAAUACAACAAAAAAAAUGUUUACAAUAAACACAUGGGAUGAGUCGAGGGAUGAAUGAAAUCGCAAUAAAAAUGUAAAUUAUUAUGGCUGCAAUUGUUUGGCAUUUUUUGGGUACUUAAUUAAUGGAUUUUAAAAAAUUUGUGUAGUGAAUAAAUUUCGUUUUUUAAUGAGCUUGAGUUUUUGAGUGAUUUGACUAAGGAUGUGG